AGAGAAGGAGGAAGACAUGGAGAGAGUGGACGACGAGCAUCAGCUUUGCCCACCAUACUCGCCAAAGGGAAAUGUGCUGAAUAAGCCAUAUGAUCAAUAGUACUAGGUCGAGUGGCUGUGAUAGAGCUUUAUCGAUCACUGCACUGCUCCUCGGCCCGGUUCCCUCUGAUGUCAUCGCGACCUCUCCCAACCUCUCUCUCAUCGUCCCUCCAUCCACAUCCACAAUGUCCCAAUACACAGUCAACGUAUCCGGCAUCUCCCCCUCCACUACAGAAACCCACCUCCACGACUUCUUCAGCUUCUGCGGAAACAUCAAAUCCAUCGACCACAAAGAAUCCGAUGCAUCCUCUAAAUCUGUUGCCAUUCACUUCGAGAAGCCCUCGGCUGCACACACAGCAUUAAUGCUCAACGGCGGACACCUCGAUGAUGCAACUCUGCAUGUGACCUCCACCUCGGUUCACCCAGAUCAUCACGAUAACGAAGAGCACCACCCCGGCGCGCAUAUCGAACAAUCAGACAAGCCCAGAGCAGGCAUUGCCGCCGAGUAUAUCGCAAAAGGAUACAAGCUGUCCGAUCACAUCUUACAGCGUGCCAUCGAGCUUGACAACAAUCAAGGAAUUUCUAAACGUUUCCUGAGUUACAUGCAAGGACUCGACACAUCAGUUGGAAAACGUGCCCUGGGUCCCGAUCAGACCAUUUCAGGAAAAGUACAAUCCACCCUCCAAGGUGCCACCACAAGGGCGAAGACCAUCGACGAGCAGAAAGGUUACACCAAAUCAGCUCACGAGUACUACUCAAAGGCCCUGUCUUCACCGUUUGGUCAGAAGGUCUUCUCAUUCUACACCACCACCUCGAAGCAGGUCCUUGAUAUCCACGAGGAGGCCCGUCGUAUCGCCGAUGAGCACAAGGCUCAACAGCCCAGUGCCCCAAAGCCUAAAUCAGAGGAGACCCCAGAAGAAAAAUCUACUCCUGUCCCCGCCGAUGCGGAGGGCGCAGCACCUAGUGCAGCUGGUUCAGAGGCACAGCCCGACUCCUCUACUCAGGCUGCACCCACCGUUGUAUGAAGAAAGAAUUUGUACUUAUACAUUGAUUCUGCCGGGUCAAUAGCACGUUUACACAAUGUACAUAAAUACGUAUACGGCUAGGCUGCAUUGUAAUCUUACUUGAAGCGGUUAGCG